UACCUAUACUUUUUUAUGCAUCGAAAGUAGCUCCAGAAUCUAUUAUCUAUAUUCUUUUGCAUUAUGACUUUUCGAAUAAGUUGCUAAGAGCUAUCCAUCUCUUCUAUAAUACUCUUUAAACUUCUAGGUUCAAUUUGCACACUUAUUAUGUAUUGCCCCUUUGUGAUUGAAGCCCAAUUUACCCUCCCAAGUGGGUAAUUAUUUUUGUCCAUGUUAUAAGUAAAGGAUGCCCAUGAUAAACUAAUAUAGCAACUUUACUUCUUCUUUUUUAUGGGAGCAUGAGGGUGUGAGUAAGUUGGUCUAGGCGAAAGUUGACUAACUUUUUCAUACUAUUUUACCCCCUAAGCAAUGGAGCCUAAGAAGGAAUUGUCAAUGGCUCUAGAGGCCAACGCACAGGUAAGUAUAUUUAUUUUAUUGCCAUUUCCCACACAAAUGUGAAAUCUAACAUGAUUCAUCGUCUUUGAGAAACCAAGUCCUAUCUAGUCCAUGCGAGGUAGUGGACUGACUUCAUAUGUUUGUUUCUCUAUACCAAGUCUCAUGUCUACAGAAUUAUUUUGCCAUUCUUUUUCAAUGAUGAGAUGGAAAUGGAGCCAUGGACCCACACACCUAAGGUGAAUACUUGGACCCACACAGGAGGAAAUGAGAGUAGGUAUUGGCAAAAAUUUUGAUAUUAACAUAAUCAUUUCUACUAGGCGCACUCUCAUCACAUCGCCCUGUCUUUAAACCAUGCCAUGUUCAUAAAAUUCUAAGAAAUGCAAUCUCAUAAUUAAGCCCAGCUUCAGGCUUCAGGUCAACUUUGGGCCCGACCAAGGAAGCAGUGCCUGGAUCCAGAUCAACCAAUGGAUGCCCCCCGUCCGCGUCGAAUUCAAAUUUAGAUCGCAAUAAUUAAAGCAGCAGUCAAAAAAGCCAUCCUGCCGGCCAAAGAUCCAACCAAACAAAGCUCCAAAAGCACACAAGAUGCCAAAAAUACCUCCAACUGGGACAAGGAGUCGCCCUUUAAGUCAUUUCAUACAUUCCCCAGCUUCAGCUACCGUCGCUUGAAGCCCGCCCAGUAAAAUAGCCGUUGCCACCUCGCUCUUUCGAAUUCAAACGUUCGCCUCCGCUUCUCUCACUUUCCGUAGGAUUCCGGCUCCGAUGGAGACUCCGGCCGCCGGAACCCCGGGAACCCUGUCGCUUCCCCGGAGGAAGCCCUUCCAGCCCAAGAAUUCUAACGCGAGUCCGUCGCCCGCGAGCCUUCCGAAGCCGAAACCGAUCCGGAUCUCGCCGUUGAUCACGGGGGAGACGGACAAGGAGAACCGUGCGAUCCACGUGGCGGGGAUUGGGCCGCUGGAGGCAUCGCUCGCGGAGGAGUUGGAGGCGAUCCGGAGGAGGAGGUAUAGGCUCCGGGUGGAGAGGGGGAAGACGGAGAGAAUGCUGAGAGAGAGGGAUCGAGUGUUGGAGGCGGCGAUGAGGGAGUGGGAGAGGAGAGAGUGCGAGCAGAGGAGGGUGGAGUUGGAGCUCCAGAGGUUGACAAGACUCAAGGAGCUGGAAGCCUCUUGUAUGAGAUUUACUCCAGUCAGGUCUCUUAGAGCUAGAGAAGAAGAGAAGAGGAGCACCGAAGCUCAAUCACAGGGAUUGAGCUGUGCAGCACAAGAUAAUGAAGCCACAGAAUCAUUGUCAUCCCAGGAAAAAGAAGCUGAGAACUAGUCAUUCCUCAUAGUUUUUCCUUUCAUAUCUAUAUGUAAUCGCUUGAUAGAUGUUUUGUCCUUUAUUUCUCGGGGUACAUGUAGUUUGUGCGCCCCUGCAGUGAAGACAAGAAAAUCAAAUUGCUUAUUUGCUGUCUUUUGCAAAAUAUUAGCUGAGGCAUUACACCAUGUAAGAACAAACAAUAAGAUAUACAUGUUAUCAUACUUGUUCUAAGGCCUUGUUCUUGAGGGUCAUAAUUUGCAAAACCC